UCUAGGCCAGCCACUUCUCGUUUCCAUGAGCGACUCGGCCGCUUCUCCUUGCGCAUGCGCCGCAGCCGUUACUCUGUUUUUUCCAGGAGCGCCACCGCCAUCCCUGAAGGAAAAAGGGGAGGGCGAAAGCGGGUGAGGAGACGGUUAGCAUCACCUACCUCUUACUUCGCUUUUCUUCUCAGGGAGGGGCGGGGACAAGCGAGCAGAAGCGGCGGCGUGAGAGGCAAAAGCCCUUUUUCUCUUUUACAUAUUUGUUUAGCAAGCUGUGUUUUUUUUUUGUAAUGGCGGAUGGUCGGUUUCCCCUUUCCUGGCCUCUCCCUGCUUAGCGCGAGCACGCGCGCUGGCGGCGGCUGUUGGCGUGGUAACCGCCGUAACCGCCGCCUUUUCCUGCCACUGAGGCAGCAGCCUACUCGCCGCCACGCCCCUUUCCGGUCCAGCCCCGCCCCUCAGCUCACCUCUUCCCACCCACCCCGCCCGCCCCUCGUCGCGUGAACGCUGCUAGGCUUCCUUGCCGUGUCAGGGCGGCAGCCGCUAUGUCCGACAAGGAGUUCAUGUGGGCCCUCAAGAAUGGAGACCUGGACGAGGUGAAAGACUACGUGGCGAAGGGUGAAGAUGUUAAUCGGACGUUGGAAGGUGGGAGGAAACCUCUUCACUAUGCUGCAGAUUGUGGACAGCUUGAGAUCCUGGAGUUCCUUCUACUAAAAGGAGCUGAUAUUAAUGCUCCAGACAAACACAAUAUCACUCCGCUCCUUUCAGCAGUUUAUGAAGGGCAUGUGUCUUGUGUGAAGUUACUCCUGUCAAAGGGUGCUGAUAAGACUGUGGGAGGGCCAGAUGGUCUAACUGCCUUUGAAGCCACUGACAAUCAGGCAAUCAAAGCUCUUCUCCAGUGACGGAUGGACUGAGAUCUAAUGCCUCUCCUGUGGCCUCACACUGCUGCCUGUCUGUCACUCUUUGUAUCUUCCAGCUUCUACAGCUAAAUAUUGGGGAGGGAGGGAAAAAUACAGUAAAUCAGACUAGUUAGGUACCUUUAUAAAAAAGAGAGCCUGUUUGGAAAGUAGAAAUCCAUAUAAUUCGUGUCUCCUUAGGACCUUGUUCAGGGUACAAUCUUUUCCCAUUUCUAGCAAAAUUGAGCCUCUGCUGGAGAAGGGGCGAAGAGUGUUGUCUGAAAUUUCGUCUGUAAACUUUCUGUGUUCUUAUAUGACGUGUUGAAAGUUUGUCAGAUGGAAGCUCUGUUCUGUACUUCCUAUUUUGCAAAGGCAGGAGCAGCCCUGUGCUGUUAUGCUGUCUUCUCCCAAUCAAGGCAGUGGGAUGGCUUCUCUCUAGCUGCAUCCCAGUGCCUUAAGCAGGUUGUGCAGUGCUGAAGGUUUUUGUUUAUAAUGCCCUGUAUUUAACAAUUGGAUUUUAUAAACUAGUUUUGGCUGCCUGUUUUAACAAAGAAUAUACAGUGAUAGCAGGAGUGCAUCUCAAAAAACGGUGCUGAGGAUGAUCAAAACUGUGUGGCUUUUUUCCACCAUCCAAAAUAUUUUUUUCAAGAAGCAGCCGGAUGAUACACAAUGCUUAGCACUGAAAAAGAGUUGUUCCUCAAAGGCUUGCAAUUGGAACUUCCUCAUUUACCACAUCGUAAACUGGAACAAAGUGACAGCUCCAGACCUAUUGGUGCUAGAGGAUGAUUGCUUUGCCCUUUGUGAUUUACACUGCAAAGUAUCUCAAUUACUAAAGAAGAAAUGGCUCUUGGUUUAAGUUAAUUUCAUUCUUUUAAAGAUGGCAAGAGCUUUCUUUGCCCUAAUUUCAUCCUCACUGCAUUGAUCUUGUAAAAUGCAUAUAUCUCUGAAAUGAGAUUUGAUUCACUAUUAUGGCAUUGGCUAUGAAAAAAAUAGCUUAGCAGAGGAAACAUCCUUUAUUGGGCAGUAAAUGCAGCAUGUCAGUAAAUGCUGCAUUUCACAAAUACUCUUCAAGGUAGCAUUUUUAAGGACAUACAGCUUUGUAAUAUGCUAACAUGUUGAUUAAGGGAUGCCAGGGCAAAUAGCACUUGGAUAUUCUUACUCAAAAGUAUGAAUAAAUUUUGUAUCAUGUUAAACAUUUCCCAAUGAGGCUUCUGUGGGCUUUGCAUCAGGUUGUGCAAUACAAUGUCUUUAUUGGCAUCCAGGUAACUGGUGUGUGCUUUUGUAUACACAUUUGAUAGUUUUGAAUGUACCUUUUCAAUUUUGGAAACGUUUCAUUGAAAUAAAAAAAAAACCCUCUAUAUAGUAAAAAAGAAUAAGGAGAAUUUGAAAUUGCAGUUUAGUAUUGCAUUUUAAACUGUACUUUUUUAUCCCUUAUUACCACUGAUACCACCCAGAAUAUUAAAAUAAGCUACUCAACAAUGAGGGGAAGAAACCAGAUUCUCUAAAGGCAGUCUUAGAAAUAGAACCAUCUAAUCUAUUUUUUGCAUUGGUGCAGGAAUGUGAUGUAGAAAUAGCAAGCUUUGCACGCACAGUCUGUGUAGUCACACACAACUUCACCUUUCUGUGUUACAUGAAAGGUGAUGCUUAUAAAGAUGCUAAUUUAAUAAAUGGACAUGUUCAGAUUAACUUUAAAAUAAAAAUGUUACAGUUGGCAUGAUCCACUUAAUUUCUCUUGAAGUGGAAUGAAAGAUCUGAUGGAUCUAGUAAAGCAAGAAUUCUAAUUGUGCUUCAAAGCUGGCUAUUGCCCAUAUGUUUUCAAUCCUCCUUAGAUAGUAUUAGAUCACUUUGAUCAUCUUUCUAGUAGUUCAGUGGUUGAAUAUUUGAGGCUCUUCCUAUUUGCCUUUUUUUAAAAUAUAAGCAUCCUGAACUCUUUUUUUUCUGGCACAUUUUUACUUGGCAACUAGAUGGAUUCUGAUGAGUGGCUGUAAUAAAGUAUCUUCUAGCCACUUGAGUCAGAAUUCAAAGUUUAAUUGCUUUAAGUCAGACUAAUGUUUCUGCAUGUGCAACUGCAUGAAAGGUCCACCUACUGAUUUCUGGCUUAGAAAUUAAGAAAUCAAACCCAACUUUAGAUUUUUUUAAUUAACAGAUCAUGUGCUGUUUGUAUCUACUUCUGAAGAAGAAAUUAUGGCUACCAAUGUCUUAUACCAGCUCUUAGACAAUAAAAUAUAUUGAAGUACAUUCUUUUUCCUGGCAGGAAACUUAAGAGAACUCACAGCUAAUAAUAUAGAAAUCAAAUUCUAGCACCAAUAUCUUUCCUUUCAGAUUUCAAUUUAAAAUGACAGUCUUAAAUGUUUCAACUCCGUUUUGUAUAGACACUGCUUUCAUAACUUGGUUUUUCUUCUUUAAUGCUGUACUAAAUAGAUUAAUUGAUCAACAGAAGAAGCUGGUAAGAGUGGAAUGUCCUAGCUGAGCAGUUGCAGUGUUGCAUGCUAAAUCUCAAACUGAACAGUCUUAUAUUUUAUAAAUAGGAAAACAAUCACAUCUUUCUACCCAGUGAUGGAAGAAUAGUUCUUUGUGCAUUUUGAUAUUUGACCUUUUUCCACAAUGUAACUAUUUUGACAGUUUAGUUUAUCAUCAUGGUUCAUAGACAUUGGAUUCCUAUAAAUGAUACUGUGUUAAGUUUGUGUUGCAAGAAUGAAUGGAAUAAACUUGAAUUGUGUUAUAGAAAAA